GUGUGAUGUCAUGGACAGUGUGAAGAUGGAAUCUGUCUCAAUUAAAGAGGAAUUCCCUGAACUUGUCCCCAUUAGAGUAGAGUUCUCUGGGCUGGCUUCCCUCCCAAUUAAACAGGAGCUCUGUGAGGUGCGGUGUGACAGCAGUCAGCCAGAGGACUCUGAGAUUAAAUCUGAGCACAAUGAAUUGGAGAUCCCCCAGACAGAAGAACCCCUUCCUGUUAAACAAGAAGAGGGCCUGGAAAUUAAACAAGAGUGUCUGACAAUAGAGUUUGACCACAUGGAACCAGGGAAGCAAGAAUCCGAGGACUUGAAAGCAAACAUCCCUGAGCUGGAGCCUGUACGCCUGCGGGAGUGUAGCGUGGUGCUGGAGAGAAUCUGCGUGAGAGAGCAAGGCGCUGGAGAGGAAGGCUCUCCCAACAGCACACAAGGAGGGGGAAAGGAAGAUGGGCGGUCAUAUUCAGAAUACAGUCUAGCAGGUUCCAGUCCAGCAACUACAGCGAGGGCAGGCAGUGGAGAAUAUCCUGACUCUGGGAAAAGUUUCACCCAUUUCGGAGCCCUGAAAAAACACCAGCGAAUUCACACAGGAGAAAAACUGUAUCACUGCUCUGACUGUGAGAAGAGUUUCAGCAACAGAGAAGUCCAGAAAGCCCAAAUGCAAAUUCGCACAGGACAGAAAUUGUGUUGCUGCAUGGACUGUGGCAAGAGUUUCAGACAGUCCGGAGACCUGAAAACAGACCAGCGAAUUCACACAGGAGAGAAACCGUAUCACUGCUCUGAUUGUGGGAUGAGAUGCAGUCAAUUGGGAAACCUGAAAACACACCAGCGAAUUCACACAGGAGAGAAACCGUAUCGCUGCUCUGACUGUGGGAUGAGUUGCAGUCGUUCAGAACACCUGAAAACACACCAGAGAAUUCACACAGGAAAGAAACCGUAUCGCUGCUCUGACUGUGGGAAGAGUUUCAGUCAACUGGGAAACCUGAAAGCUCACCAGAGAAUUCACACAGGAGAGAAACCAUAUCGCUGCUCUGACUGUAGUAAGAGUUUCAGACGUUCAGAAAACUUGACAAAACACCAGAGAAUUCACACAGGAAACAAACCAUAUGGUUGCUCUGACUGUGGGAAGAGUUUCAGACAGUCAGGAGACCUGAAAAGGCACCAGCGAAUUCACACAGGAGAGAAACCAUCACUCUGUCCUCUCUUUUGGUGGAAGAAGAGUUUCAGACAGUCUCCAAAAGUAACCCUGAAAAGGCCCUGGACGAAUUCACACAGGAGAGAAACCGUAUCUCUGCUCUGA